AUGAAGUGUAAAAGAGAGUCUUCGUCGUCACCAUCUUCUUCUUCAACACAUCAAUGGAAAUACGAUGUAUUUCUUAGUUUUAGGGGUGAGGAUACCCGUAAUAAUUUUACUGACCAUCUAUAUGUUGCUUUGCAACGAAAGGACAUUUUAACAUUUAGGGAUGAAAAACUUGAGAAAGGAAAAUCUAUUUCUAAUCUCUUCAAAACAAUAGAAAAAUCACAGAUUGCUAUAAUCAUUCUCUCAAAAAACUAUGCAUCUUCUACGUGGUGCUUGGAUGAGCUUGCCAAGAUUGUCAAAUGCAGGGAAAAAAUGGGACUGAUAGUUUUGCCAAUUUUUUAUGAUGUUGACCCGACUGAUGUACGGAAACAAACAGGAACUUUUAAACAAGCCUUUACUGAUCACCAGGAACGCUUUAAAGAUAACAUAGAGAAGGUGGAAACAUGGAGAGCUACUUUAAGAAAAGUGGCUAAUAUCUCUGGUUGGCAUUUACAAAAUAGGCAUGAGGCAGAAUUUAUCCAAGACAUUGUGAAUGAGAUAAUGGAGAAAUUGAGUUCAAAAUCCUCAAGCUCAUUUGCCAGUGUGCAGAAACGUGGGUGCAGCAGUAGCCGUGUCAUUACUUAUGAAGGUUGGGAUGGUGUCCAUCAUGGAUUUGACAAUUCAACAAGUAGCUGUGAUGACUAUAGCGAUAUUGAACCUGAGGAAAGUGAUCUCUUUUCAUACAAUGGUAAUGACCUGCUCCAAUAUCUUUCCUAUUAUAAGUCUAACCCUGUUUUAUUUUAUUUUACUUAUGAUGAUGACGAUGCUUCAUAUGCAGAUGAUGAUGAUGUAUUUGUAGAUGAUGAUGUAUUUGUAGAUGAUGAUGAUGAUGAUGCAUAUGCAGAUAAUGAUGCAUAUGCAGAAGAUGCUGAUGAUGAUGAUGAUUAUUGA